UUAAACGCAAGGCUCGUACCCCCCGAUCUCAUCACAAGCCGCUGGUCCCUGAGCUCGAAAGCUCUGUUGAAGAAGAAGAGGAGGAAGAGCAGCUCCUUUAUCGUGUACCCGUACUCGAUCCCGCGCUCGCUUUCGGCGAAACGCCGGCCCCACCGCCGCCACCGCAGCCGAAGCAGCAAGCUGCUUCAGGGGCGGCGGUGGAGGCACAAUUUGCGCCGACGGAGAUCGAAUUGGCAGAGUUUGCGGCAAAUAUGGAGAGUUUGCUCGGGCGAGGGCUCGACGGCGGUGAGGCGUUUUGUAUGGAGGAGUUGGGAUUGGGCGAUGUCGGCAGCACAGGGAGACUGGAGAUGGAAGUGAAAGGCGAGGUGGAGGAGGAGAAGGAGGGAGAAGGAGAAGGGCUGAGUUUUGAAUUGGAGGUGGAUUUGUCUAGAGAGACUUUGGAAUUGGAUUUCGGAUGCGGGCCGUCGGAGAUGAAGGAGGAGGAGAAGGAAGUUAGUAAAGGGAUGGGUUUGAGACUUGAUUAUGAGGCGGUGAAGGAGGCGUGGCAGUUGACCGGAAGUUCGCUGUGGAUGUCCGGCGAGCGGCCGAGAUUGGGGGCUGAAGAUUACUGGCUUGAGUGCUUGGGAAUGUGGGGAAGAGGAGGAGAAUUAGUGGGAGGAGGAGGAGGAAUUCAAGCUGUGGAUAUAGGAAGAGAAGCAAGAGUAACAAGAUACAGAGAGAAAAGAAGAACAAGGCUCUUCUCCAAGAAAAUUAGGUAUGAGGUAAGGAAACUCAACGCUGAGAAAAGGCCUAGGAUGAAGGGCAGAUUCGUCAAAAGGGCCUCUUUUCCGGCGACGUCCGCCGACGCCACCGCCGGAGGUGGGCCGGUGGGGGUUUCCUGCUGGAAAGGUGAGAGCUUCAGCUUCGGAACUGAAGUUGACUGA